AUAAAGGCUCGCUGAUGGCUCAGUUGGGAGCAAUUGUGGCAGUGGCUUCCAGUUUCUUUUGUGCAUCUCUCUUCUCAGCUGUGCACAAGAUAGAAGAGGGACAUAUUGGGGUGUAUUACAGAGGUGGUGCCCUGCUGACGUCAACCAGCGGCCCUGGUUUCCAUCUCAUGCUCCCUUUCAUCACGUCAUAUAAGUCUGUGCAGGUAAACUUGGCUGUUGACUUCUUUGUCCAUUUUCCCUCCAACAGUGGUGGUGUGAUGAUCUACUUUGACAGAAUUGAAGUGGUGAACUUCCUGGUUCCAAACGCAGUGUAUGAUAUAGUGAAGAACUAUACUGCCGACUAUGACAAGGCCCUCAUCUUCAACAAGAUCCACCACGAACUGAACCAGUUCUGCAGUGUACAUACGCUUCAGGAGGUCUACAUUGAGCUGUUCGAUCAGAUUGAUGAAAAUCUCAAACUGGCUUUGCAACAGGACCUGACCUCCAUGGCCCCUGGACUUGUCAUCCAGGCUGUGCGGGUGACUAAGCCCAACAUACCCGAGGCGAUCCGCAGAAACUACGAGUUGAUGGAAAGCGAGAAGACAAAGCUGCUCAUUGCAGCCCAGAAACAGAAGGUGGUGGAGAAGGAAGCGGAGACGGAGCGGAAGAAGGCCCUCAUUGAGGCAGAAAAGGUGGCUCAGGUUGCCGAGAUCACCUACGGGCAGAAGGUGAUGGAGAAGGAGACGGAGAAGAAGAUUUCAGAGAUUGAAGAUGCUGCGUUUCUGGCCCGAGAGAAGGCAAAGGCCGACGCCGAAUGCUACACUGCUAUGAAAACAGCCGAGGCAAACAAGCUGAAGCUGACCCCCGAAUACCUGCAGCUGAUGAAGUACAAGGCCAUUGCUUCCAACAGCAAGAUUUACUUUGGCAAAGACAUUCCUAACAUGUUCAUGGACUCUGUAGGCAGCCCGGGCAAGCAGUCCGAGGGGCUGGCUGACAAGCUGAGCUUCGGCUUAGAAGAUGAGCCCUUGGAGUCGGCCACUGCGGAGAAUUGAAAGUUUUAUACAACCUCAGUUGACACUUAAUGAGAUCUUUAUUUUUUAAGAUGAACCAGAAUGCUCCCCCCUCCCACACUACCUUCUUUGACGCUCUUCAAGUUACCGUGGUGAAAAAGAAGAAACGGACUUAAAUCCACUCGCCCUCCUGGGAAGGGAGGGCGGGAAUUGAUGAUUUGGGAUUUUAUUCAGGUAAGUAGGUUAUAUGACUUCUGAUAAGAUUUGUAAACUAUGUGUUUGAACCUUUGCCUCCCAGACACUAAUUUGUCCUUUGAAGCUGGCUUAAUCAGGGAUGCUGUCGUUAAGGGCAGGGAGAAAUGUAGAGUGUUGCCUCCCUGUGAUCUGAUUUCCCUUAUUUGGAAAAAUGCAGCCCAGUGUUCUUCCCCUGCUUCCAGGGUGGGAGAUGCCUGUGGGUGAGGCUCGGCCACUGAGAAACAUGUGCUUAUAAGUUUGCCAGAAGAGCUUAGAGCGACAGCUGCAGACGUUUGACCCUCCUGGCAUUUUUGUCAGCGUAUGUGUGAGUUAUUUUAGAGGCAUGCUUUCUCGAGCCCUCAUAAGCAAGUACUGGUGCUAGGUUUUGCAAGAUUUUCUAUACGCUACGCUCCUUGCCCUAGGGCUCAGAGUGGUGGUUUUGACUCCAUCUGUAGAGUCAGAGCUUAGUCACCACCACACAAUUCUUCUUGAAACUUAUCACCUAUUCUGUGAUUUGGAUUUUUCUUCUCAAAUAAUCUGUCCAGUGGUCCCACUCAGCAUCAAGAAGACAGAAACAAACAACUCGAGUGUCUUAGUAGCUGCCGAAGUGGGAUCCUUAGAGCUGUUAGUCACUGCAGUACCUGCUUGGCAGAUUACGUAGGUACCUUGAGAGCAGUGUCUUUAUUGUGGAUUCUACAGUGAAGAGCUCUGGCACCGUGUGUGGAGGAGGAUGAAGGGUCAGCCAAGAGAUUUCCUGGACUUAAUGCCUAUGGCUUGUGCUGGGAGUUUGUCUGACACAGAGAUAAAGGCAGGCCUCUCCUCUAAGUAGCCUGUGUUUUUAAAUCUAGGGCUCCAGGCAGCCACACAGAGGUCGGACUGAAUGUUAAUUCUCCAGAGACAGCUGUGUAGAUGCAAGUCGGAGUUCAUGCCCAAGUCCCUGGGUUUGAAUGGCGGCAUCAAAGUCCAUUCAGAGUGUUUUAUUUUAUUUUUCAUCACUGGUUAGGAAAAUUUCAAGUCACUCUGGGAUAUUCAGGAUGGGGGAGCAAACAUAAAAGAAAGGUUUUUCUUAUAUCCUGAAGUUGGGGGUAGGGGCAGUAUGGGUAGGGGGAUCCAUCCAGUGUAGCCCAUGAGUUGUGUACGGAAUUGUUAAGUGGAAGGCGGCUCUCUGGAGUAAACUAAUAACCAUAUUGGUACCCUCCAUGACCAGCUCUGGCUUGGGAUUUGGCCUUGUUAUUAGCUACCCCACCCCCUCAAAACUCCUACUGUACCCCUCUUCCCAAGGCGAACACUAUGAAGGAUACUUUCUGGCACCAAUCCCCACCUCCUUUUUGGUCUCAUGCCCAGAUUUCUGGUUUACUGAAUGGUCCCAGAACUUGGGCCAGCUUGCUUAGGAGUUUGGGGAGCUUUUAGCCUGCCUAGAAAGAUACAGUGUUAACUCCCCUUGCUUCAAAUGUUGCCCUUCUCUGUUCUAAUUCCUGGGACUUAGAAUUCUCAAACCACAGGUCCUGGUCACACUUCGUGCAGGCAGCAAGAUGUUCCUGGGAGUUAAUGUGCUCAAGAGUCCUUGCAGAAGGUGGUCAAUUUCCUAAACUCAGCGUAGGGUAGCCAUUAUUAAAAUAUAUUCAUCCUCCUCCUGUUUCAGUCCAUUAAUCACUUGCUAGGAGCAACACGACAUGCCCAGCAUUGCCUAAUCACAUACACGUUUGCUCCUUCUACUCCGAGCUCUUGCUGCCUGGGCCUCAGAAAACACCAGUUUGCCACAGUAUCUGCAAUGAGGAGAAUCAGGAGCGGGGUAUGUCAGCCUCUCUGAAUAGUAUGCUUUGCUCAGGUUCUGAACUUGAAAGCUUCUCGGGUACUAACGUCCUGUCAUAGCUCAUCCCUUGACCACAAAAGAGCCUCAGUACAGUAAAGUCCUGCUACAGCUGCCCCUCUAUGUUAAUGUCACUUCCUCUUUAAACAAAAAAUACAAAUGUCGCUGUACCCAUUAGUGUAAACCCAAUGGUUGUCUGUACCCGUCUGAACAGUAAAAUCAUGGAAGUCAGCUAUUUCCUUAGCACGGGACAUUGAACCCAUCGUCUGUGUGACUUUGUUUUUUUUAACACUUAUUAGCAAAUCUGAUCUUAAAACAUUUGGAUUCUAAACAUGUAAAAUGUGACAGCCUGCAAUUUUGUAGACAGUGAAGUAAUGGCUGCUAUUUAUAAAGGGAACUUCUAUCAAAAUAAGUAACUGUUUAUAAAAUUCAGUUUUUGUAGGAUUCUCCAAGGAAAAGUCACCUUGGCUGAAUGUUUCUCAUUAAACUUUGCAGAAG